AUGAAAAUCGAGCUGCCUGUGCCUCCCCUGUGGGGUCCCCCCAGCCUGGUGGCCAUGAGGGGCAGCACGGAGGGGGGUGAGUCUGCCGUGUCCACAGCAGUGCGGCCCGAGGGUGUGGGUGCGUAUCAGGUCAUCACCAGAAAAGGGGCCCCCUGCAUGUGUCUCCAGCUCCUGGAAUUUGACAAAGAGUUAUCUGUCUUUAAGGACAGGCUGUGUGAACUGGACAUCUCGUUCCCCCCCAGCUACCCAUACAGCGAGGACUCCAGCCAGGGUGAGCAGUACAUGAACACCCGGUGCCCCGCCUGGUGUGACCGCAUCCUCAUGUCCCCAUCUGCCAAGGAGCUGGUGCUGAAGUCGGAGAGCGAGGAGAAGGUUGUCACCUACGACCACAUCGGGCCCAACGUCUGCAUGGGAGACCACAAGCCCGUGUUCCUGGCCUUCCGAAUCGCGCCUGGGGCAGGGAAGCGGUGCCAGCGAAGCGAGAGGAUCCUUCGCCAGACCGCCCUGUAGCAGUUAUUGAAACACGUACCCUUGACAGCUACGUCGGAAACCCACCCGCUAGACGGCCGGCCCCACACUUCGCUUCAGCCUCCGGACCACUCCGGAAAAGCCUCACAUACCUCACUGUCUUGUCUGUUCAUGUGACAUUAAGUAGAACUAUUGGGUUUUUUCGAAUAAGUCACAGUCCUGUUGCCAAAACUCUAAUAGACAGCAAAGAGAUUCUGUAUUUUAGAUUCCACGGUUUUUGGUUUUUGAUGAUUGUCAGUGCAGGAGCUUCUCCAGCAUAGAAACCCCACAGGUGGCCACCGUUCUCCUGCCAGGCAGAAGGGGCUGGGGGCCAAGGCGGGGGCUCCCUUGGCCGUGCCAACAGGCAGCAUGGCCACCCCAGCAUGGCGAGGACGCCGUUCACCCUGAUGCUCCCCACCCCCCCAUUUACUCUACUGCCAUGUUACAUGGUUUUUGAAUCACACGCAGCUGCUUUCCAUUUUUAUAUAUAUAAAUAUAUAUAAAUAUAUACUUAAAAAAAUAAUUUAUAAAUCUUACCAAAACUUAUGCUAAAUAUACUUUCCAGUAUGAAUGCACGGGAGUGUCAUAGCAGAUAGAAUUGGAGUCUGAGGGUUUAGUUAUGUGUAAGUCAGCACACAAAUUCAUAAAACUAGUAUGACCCAGCGGUGCCAUCACGGGUGAAGACCGGCCUGCAGCACGUCAGUACUAGCGGUUGGCGACUCCUGUGCCUUUUCUCUGUGUGAUAUUAAGAAUUGAAUGUGAAGUUUAUAGCUAGUCUGGGUGUACUUUUUAAGAAUUUUGUAAACCGUUUUGUCUGUCUUUUGUUACCGUUUUAUGGUGCCAAGUAUUCUACAUUAAAACAAUAGUAUCAUGGGAGAAAUAGAAAUAGCCUAGUCUUCUUCCAGUAGAAAUUGCUUUUAACACGGGCUGUAUAUAAAAAACAUUAAAGAGAAGCAAAACUGUACAUUUCCUGGUUGCUCUGCUACAACCUACAUAAUAACCUUGCUGCAAAUAUUUUUCUCCUAGCACUAAGUACAGCAUUAAAAGGUGAUUAGAGAGUCUGUUGAUGAAACACAAAUGUAUGUUUUAUUGAUUUACUUUAGAACACUACAGAGUUCCUGGACUGGGGAAAGGCAUCAGAUCGAUCUUUCUUUUUUGUAUAAAUCACUACCAUUGCAAGUGAUUUGGUGUCCACUUGCCGAAUCUGUGUUCUGACGGCAUGGUCGGGUCUGUGUAGACGCUGUGGUCUCUGCUGUCAGCGCGCCACAUCGCAGUCCCCAGGGCGAGUUUGCUGAGCGGGUUUCAGCUGUGGGUCGUCCCGAAGGCCUUUAGAAGUGACUGCUCUGGUUCCUAAGCAAUAAAAUCGAUCCUGGUGAAAACA